AUGUCCUCCACACGCCACAAUGCAUCGGCCACUUCGUCUGAAAGAAAACGCUUGCGCGAUAGACGAGCGCAACAAAAUCUCCGAGAGAAGCGGGAGAACCGCAUGAGGGCGUUAGAGGAGCGGGUGGCCUAUUGCGACAAGAAUCAUGGCAAUGAAUUGAUCCGGAAUUGUAUGCACACCGUCGACUGUGUGAGACGGGAGAAUGAGCUUCUUCAUGCUCGACAGGAACACCUUCGUCGCCUGUUUCAGGACUGGGAGGUUCAGGGUAACGGCGCAACGGGGGUAUAUCGAACCCUUUCUUCUACGUCGAUGACGACCAAUUCUUUCUCAGCACCGUGGGCCCUGACGACAUCGGCUGGUAGCCCACGAAGUGACAUAACAUUGGUCGAUCCGGGAAUGCAGAACCUCUCCGGCUGGUCCGUCAAUGGCACAGAUUCUGCAGGUCUCGGGUUAACUACCGACGGUCUCACAGCUCCAUCGAUGACGAGCACGUGGCCCGUGGCGUUAGACACUCGCAGCUCACCCUCACCAAUUAUCGAUAUACCUCUGAUGUCCAGCAUGCACCCCACACCAGGGCCGGACACAUAUCCCCUGAUGACCCACAAGGAUUAUACUCAGAUGGCUGCCAAUAGUGGGAAUUGGUCGGGGUGGUCCGCUCUGUCCGACACCGUCCACAAGCUACCUCUGUUACCAUCUCCGUUCGACCUCCUGCAUGGCUCCAGACGUAACUGGCUGGCAGACCAGAUUAACCGACUACUUCGGCGGUUGAGCCUCCGAGAACCUGACCGUCUGGCAUUAAGCUGGACUAUGUAUUCUUUUGCUAGAUGGCGGGCCAACCCGACCCCGCUCACGUUUGCCAACAUGCCAUCAUUUCUACAACCCGUGGCAGGACAGGUACGGCAGCAUCAACACCCAGAAUUUGUUUUCUUUUUGUGGCCCCAGCUGCGGGUCAACUAUCUGGAAAGCCGAUCUGCAAUUGAUCUUAUAGAGGUCUAUAGAUAUGGGAUCAGCUCAUGUAGGGUGCGGUGGCCGUCCUCUGUGAGCAUCUGGGAUUGGGAUGAUGACGAGAACAUGUUUGUGAAGCCUGAAUUCUUCGAGACCUUCCUAGACCGCAGUGGCUGGGGGCUAACGUCGGUCUUCAUCGACAAAUACCCAGAGCUGGUGAAAGGGAUGGACGUGGAGAGCCUUCGGUACGACGUUCCGUAG